AUGGCUGAUAUCGACGAUGUAAUCGGAGAUCAAAUUUCUGAGCGUGAAUCAAGUACAAAAUUACCAGAACCUAGUGAAUUGAAUGUGUUGGAAGACAUCAAAUGUCAAUUUUGCGGGUGUAAAAUAAUUAAAGGCAACAUAGAGACUGAGAAUGGUAGAUGCUUCCAGAUUUUGAUCGGGUUUAAAAAGGCGAACGCAAUUGAUAAAAGUCGAGGCGCAGGUAGAGAAAGCAUAGUUUAUCACCAUCAACAGCGACAUUGGAUGUCUUGCGCGCUAUUUCUACAACUCUUGUACGAUACUGAUGGACUUCCAUGA